UCAGUUGAUUUAUCGCCCUGCCCCACCCGAUCUUGGCCAGGAAUGGAGUGGGCCUGCUAGCUGAUAGUGCUCCGCCCACCGCCACCGUCCCCGUCCUUGCCCUUGCCCCUCAUCCGCUGGGGUCACACAAUCUCGGGCUGAUAAGCGCCACGGAACACUCGCUCCAUUUGACAACAAACCAGUGCAUUUUUGCAGCGAAUACGGGUGACGACAUGGCUCAAAAUCAAACCACCGAAGUGCUGGUCUUUGGCUCGGCCAUCAUAGACUUUAUAUGCUACACGCCCCGCCUGCCGAAACCAGGAGAAACACUCCAUGGACACCGCUUCCAAACGGGCUACGGCGGCAAGGGCGCCAAUCAGUGUGUGGCCGCCGCUCGACAGGGUUCCCGCACAGCUCUGGUGGCCAAACUGGGAGCCGACACCUUUGGCGGCGACUAUCUGCGACAGCUGCGCGACGAGGGCGUCAAUGUGGAGCACGUCCAGCAGCUGGAGGGCCAGACGACGGGCGUGGCCCAGAUCGCUGUGUCCGAUGGCGGCGAGAACAACAUCAUCAUUGUGGUGGGCGCCAACAGUCAGCUGAGCCCCUGCGACGUGGCCCAGGCGGAGGAGCUCUUCAUGGAGGCCAAGGUCUUGGUCUGCCAGCUGGAGACGCCCAUCGAGGCCACGCUGACUGCCUUAAAGCACUUCAAAGGCGUGUCCAUUGUGAAUGCGGCCCCGGCCAUGGAGAAUACACCGCGGGAGCUGCUCCAGCUGGCCAGCAUCUUCUGUGUGAACGAAAGCGAGGCGGCACUGAUGACCCAAAUGGCCCAAAUCGAGACUGUAGAGGAAGCUAAAAAUGCUGCUGGCAUGCUGAUAAAGAUGGGUGCCAACACGGUGAUCAUAACUUUGGGUAAACUGGGAGCCGUUUUUGGAUCCGCCGACACGGCAGGCGUUUACCAGCAUGUGGCUGCACCGCAUGUGCCGGCCGAGAAAGUGGUGGACACCACGGGUGCCGGCGACGCCUUCAUCGGCGCCCUGGCCCACAACAUGGCCCGCCAUCCGCAGAAAAAGCUGGAGGAGCACAUAGCCGCCGCCUGCGCCGUGGCCUCGCAGUCCGUCCAGCUGCCAGGCACGCAGGCCAGCUUUCCACGUACUUAGUGGGGGGGUAAUCGGCCACUAGAUUCAGUCCGGACAAUAAAUCGCCAAACUCUAUCCCGA